AUGGAUAAGAGUUGGAUGUGGAAAGAUAGAAGAAGUGGUGAAUUUGAAAAGGGUUUGGAAUUAUUCUUAAACUAUGCAUUUAAGCAUUCAAGUCAUGGGAAUGGAAUGAUUGCUUGUCCAUGUUCAGAAUGUAAAUGUGGAGUAUGUGUGUCUAGGGCAGAUGCAAAAAUUCAUUUGAAGGUGUUUGGAUUUCUUAAGGGAUACACACAGUGGGUAGCUCACGGGGAAUUUGUAUACUCUUCUGCACCGAUACAGACCUCAGACAAUGUUCCUCAUAACGUAUCUGAUAUAGGUGAUGACAUGAAUGGUCUAGUUCAUGAAGCCUUAGGAAUACCUCAACAAGAUCCUGCUAUGACUGGUAUAUUUGAAUCUAAUCAGGAACUACCGAAUUCAGUUGCUGAAAAGUUUUAUAAGUUAAUUGAUGAUUCUCAACAAGAACUCUACCCUGGUUGUAAAAAUUUUUCCAAGCUUUCGUUCAUAAUUCUCUUGCUUCACUUGAAGUGUCUGGGUAAAUGGAGUAACAAAAUCUUUGAUAUGCUUCUUGAUUUGUUAAGAGAAGCAUUUCCUGAAGCCAUGGAAAAAUUGCCUAAAUCUUACUAUGAGUCUGAAAAAUUAAUGAAAGAAUUAGGACUUGGAUAUGAAAAGUAUGAUGCUUGUCCUAAUGAUUGCACUUUGUAUUGGGGGGUAAAUGCAAAAAGAACUUGUUGUGAAACAUGCAAAGAACUUAGAUGGGAAGCAUCAGAAAAUGAUCCAUCCGGUGAGAAAAGAAAAGUCACACGUAAGGUUUUAUGGCAUUUUCCACUAAAACCCAGGUUGCAACGUUUAUUUAUGUCAUCUAAAACUGCAAAGCAUAUGAGAUGGCACUCGGAGGGUCGUACUAAGGAUGGUUAUAUGAGGCACCCUGCUGAUUCCCCAGCUUGGAAAACUUUCGAUUAUCAGCAUACAGAUUUUUCUAAGGAUCCUCGUAAUGUUAGGUUGGGAUUGGCUUCCGAUGGAUUUAAUCCAUUCAAAAGUAUGAGCUCUACUCAUAGUACAUGGCCGGUGAUUUUGAUACCUUAUAAUUUACCGCCUUGGAUGUGUAUGAAACAGCCAUAUUUAAUGUUGUCAUUGUUGAUACCAGGUCCACAUGCUCCUGGUAAUGAUAUUGAUGUAUAUUUACAACCUCUAAUCAAAGAAUUGAAAGAAUUGUGGGAGAUGGGGAUCAAUACAUAUGAUGCAUCUUGCAAACAAAACUUUCAAUUAAGAGCAGCAUUAUUAUGGACUAUCAGUGAUUUUCCUGGCUAUGCAGUUUUAUCCGGUUGGAGUACUAAAGGAAAAUAUGCAUGCCCUGUUUGUCAUAAACACACAACUUCACAACGGUUAAGGCAUAAGGAUUGUUAUAUGGGCCAUAGAAAAUUUUUGGAUCCGGCUCAUACUUUUAGGAAGAAUUCUCGAGCUUUUAAUGGAAAGGAAGAACAUGGGAGAGCUCCUGAAAAAUUGAUGGGGUCUACAAUUUUAUCUGAAUUGAAAAAUUUUCAAAUCAGAUUUGGAAAAUUAGUUGAUGAUAAUCCAACAUUGCCAUUCAGUUGGAAAAAGUUGAGCAUUUUCUUUGAUCUUCCUUAUUGGAAAGAUAAUUUAAUUCGUCAUAAUUUGGAUGUCAUGCAUAUUGAAAAGAAUAUUUGUGAUUGCAUUGUUGGGACAUUGUUGAAUCUGGAUAAAAAUAAGGAUGAUUAUACUGCACGCUGUGAUUUACGUGACAUGGGUAUAAGGCCGGAACUUCAUCCAGUUGAGAAAGAAAAUGGUAGAUUUUAUUUGCCUCCAGCCUGCUUUACAAUGGACAGGAAGGAAAAAGAAAUUUUCUGUAAAGUGCUAAAAAAAGUGAAGGUACCGGACGGGUAUGCAGCUAAUAUAUCUAGAUGUGUGAAAGUGAAGCCAGUCAAAAUUUAUGGACUUAAGAGCCAUGAUAACCAUAUUUUGAUGCAGCAGUUGUUGCCAAUAGCUUUGAGAAAAACAUUAUCGAAGGCAGUCCGCUCUCCAUUGAUUAAAUUGAGUAGGUACUUUCGAAAGUUGUGCUCUAAAGUCCUUUGUGCUGAAGAUUUAGUCCACAUGGAGAUGGAGAUUGCUAUUAUACUUUGUCAACUCGAGAGAAUCUUUCCACCAUCUUUUUUUGUUAUCAUGGUGCAUUUAUCUAUCCAUUUGGCCACCGAGGCAAAAAUUGGAGGGCCAGUCCAUUAUCGCUGGAUGUAUCCUAUUGAAAGGUACUUGGGCACCUUGAAGUCUUAUGUUCGAAACAAAAGUCGACCAGAAGGUUGCAUUGCUGAAGGGUAUAUAGCAGAAGAGUGCUUGACAUUUUGUUCAUUUUUCUUGGCUGAUUAUGUGGAGACAAAAUUGAAUCGAUCAAACAGAAAUGAAGAUGUCGCUAAAAGUUCUUCAACUGGACUAGAUUUGUUCUCAAUGUCAACUCGUCCAUUAGGCAAAGGAAUUCCCACUAAAUUCAGUGAUGAGAUUUUGAGAAAAGCACAUCAAUAUGUCCUAUUCAAUUGUGACCAUGUCAAUCCCUAUAUCAACCAGCAUUAUCAAUUGAUUCAAGAAAGGAAUCCCCGAGCUGGAAAACAUGUUAUUGAACUCAUGCAUAGUGAGAAUUUUGCAUCUUGGUUUGCCAAUCAUAUUGAGCACAGUAUAGAAUGCAAGGGAGAUACAUUACUUAUGGAUUUGAAGCAGCUUGCUAAGGGUCCAAAUAUUGUUGGGAUACAAUACAAAGGACUGCUUGUCAAUGGUUUUCGAUUUCAUACAAGAGAGUUGGAGAAAAAAAGAAAAACACAAAAUAGUGGAGUCAUGGUUAAUGCCACAACCUCGAGUUUUGCAAGUGCAAAAGAUAAUAAUCCAAUUUUGAGUGAUUUGGAUUAUUAUGGAAUUUUGACUAACAUCAUUGAGUUAGACUACAGAGAAGGUCGAAAAGUGUUGUUAUUUGAAUGUGAUUGGGUCUCCAAAGGAAAAAGGCUAAAGCAAGAUGAGGAUGGGUUCAUGUUAGCGAACUUUUCGAAUGUAAAGCGGCACAAUGAACCUUAUAUUCUUGCUGUUCAAGCAUCACAAGUAUUUUAUGUGGAAGAUCCUCUUGAAAAUGGGUGGCAUGUUGUUAUCACCACAAGACCAAGAGCUGAGUACAACAUGGAUCAUGUGGGUGAUGUGGACAUGUACUUGCAAAGUCCAAUUUCAAACAUACAGUUGGAAGAUGACAAUGGAGAUAUUAGCUACAUCCGUGAUGAUGUUCAAGGAGUCGGAUUGAUUCCAAUUAGGCCAAAUUCAUGA